AAAAAAGAAAAAAAGAAAAGAAAAAAAAAUGGUAGAACCAACAUUGUGUUUAGAAAUUUUAAAGAAUUUUGAAAAUUUAUUUGAAACAAAAAAGGAUUAUGAUGUUAUCAUACGAGCUGGUGAAGGACAAAACCAAAAAGAAAUUUACGCUCAUUCCACUAUACUUUGUUGUCAAUCGAAUUUUUUUGAUAUGGAAUUUAAGAAUGGAAAUUAUAAUUUUAGGAUACCAAAUAUUUCUCCACAUAUCUUUGAAGUCGUACUCAGAUAUUUAUAUUGUGGACAAAUGGAUUUGAGCAGCAAGGACGGACCGGAUAUUUUAAAAUUAUUAGUUGCCGCGGAUGAACUGGGUUUAAAUACACUUUGUGAAUAUAUUCAAGAAUAUUUAAAUGAACAUCAAGAAUUGUUAUUUUAUGAUCAAAAAGAAAUCUUAAAAAAGGAUCCGGUUGGUAUUCUUGAAGUUAUUUUUCAAUAUGAAUCUCUUGCAAGAUUAAAAGAACAUUUUUUAAAAGUAAUUUGUCAAGAACCAGACAUUAUAUUUGGAAUGAAGAAUAUUUCGAAAAUACCACCACACAUAUUAGAAUCAUUACUUAUACGUGAAGAUCUUGCCUUAGAUGAGAUUGAUGCGUGGGAUAAAUUGAUUUUGUGGGCUCAUGAACAACAACCAACCGUUAAUGGUGAUCCUUCCAAGUGGACAAGUGAUGAGGCAGCACUAAUGGAAAGGACAGUAUCAAGGUUUAUUCCAUUAAUUAGAUUUCAUGACAUUAAUUCAGAAGAAUAUUGCCAAAAAAUAUUACCUUAUCAAGGUUUACUACCGGAAAGAUUAAGUCAGGAUAUUUGGCAAUUUCAUUAUGCUGCAGAUAUAAAACCAAUGGGAACAUUACAAUCAAGAUCCUUUUGUACAAUUGAUUCUAUUCUUGUAAAGACAGAUCAUCUACCAUUAUUUUCAAGUUGGAUCGGUGAUGCAGACGUACUCUUAACAAAAAUUCCAUACAAAUUUAAUCUUAUUUUACGUGGAAGUAGAGAUGGAUUUAAUGCUAAUUCAUUUCAUGAAAAAUGUGAUGGUAAAGGUCCAACAAUUAUAGUUGUUAAAAUUAAAGGGAGUAAUCGAAUAAUUGGAGGAUAUAACCCACUUGAUUGGAAUGGAAAUGGGGAUAAAACUACAACGGAGAGUUUUAUAUAUUCUUUUGGGAAUUAUAAUAUUAUUACUACAGGUAGAAUAGGUAGAGUAUUACAACCAGAAUAUGCUGUACGUUGUUAUAGUAAUUAUGGACCACUUUUUGGAUCUUAUAACCUUGGUAGCAAUGAUAUAAUGAUGACUGAACAUGGUGAAUGGAGUUCUGUAACAAAUUCUUAUCCUAAUCUUAACAUUCCAAGAAAUUUUGAAAUUGAUGAUUAUGAAGUUUUUCAGGUAGCUUUAAAAUUUUUUAAUUAAUAAUUAUUUAUUAAAGUUUUUGUUUCAUAUUAUGUAUGUUUAAAUUGUUGGAUUUUUAUAUAAAAUAAAUAAAUAAAUUUUAUUAAAUUUAU